AUGUCAAAAGAUUUAACGCGAUCAACGGCUACUACUUCAACAACAUUGUCUAGAAAGCCGGCAGAAACACUUGACGAGGACACAUAUACUGAAGCCAUCAGCGAAAUCAUUGCUAGAGAUUACUUCCCUACAGUGGCUUCUUUGAAAGCACAGAAUGAAUACCUGGAUGCUUUAAGUUCUAAUAAUCCUGAACAGUUGCGCCUAGCUACAGUAAGAUUAACAGAAAUAGCAACACCGCAAAGAAAACCAACAGCCUCAACCCCGAGGAUACGAGAUACAAUGACGCCUCAUGGUGAAUGGGAUUCCCCAGUUCCUACUCCGAGAACCACAUCGUCAAGAGUAGUAGAAACAGAUGCUGCAAGUGAAAAACACGUAGAUACCAACAUGUCUUUGGAUAAUUUCCAGGACAAGUAUACAAAGUUAAUGAGAAAACAGAGUGAAGAAAGAAGGGAAAAGUUAAAAUGGAUGUUUGAGUCAAAGGGUAAACCACAGAAACUAUUAGAAAGUAGUGGAAAUGAACCAAAGCUUAUUGAAGGACCGGGCAACAGUAGUGGAAGCCAGAUAAAGCCUCCCAAUGCGCUAAUGUUCUAUCCGGAAGGUCAACCUUAUAAAGCUGAGGAAAACAUUAGGAGCGCACCAAAACAGAUAGCGCCCGCAAAUACGAGCAGCAUAAGCGGGACUCCAAAAGUUGGUGGAUAUGCGUUUGUUUCGGCAACACCCUCACCGGCACCCUCACAGCUCGAUAGUUCAGAAUUGAUGACAUGGGGUACGAUAGAAGGCUCACCUUUGCUAAUUAGCGGUGAUCAGACACCUGGACGUGCAUUCCAGUUACCUCCUACCCCUCGACGAGAGAUAAUCGGGAUGGCACUUUCAAGUAGUGCAUCCCGUAAUAUUCGUAAACGUACUACACCGAUGAAGUCACCAAGGAAUUCGACACCCACUGGGUUAUCUGCAAGAAUUGCCAGUCCGCUUCGGACAUCGAUGCUGUCUCCAGCAGCAAAGCAAUUGUUGCGCAAAUCACAUAAGAAACCAAAGACUAACGUCGAUCUCCAGUUGAGAGCUUCAUAUGGCACACCGAUUAGAAAAGGCAUAUGCAAACAGAAACUAGGGUGA